AACACACACAUUUCACACAAUUUGAUAGUUCAAUUUAGUUCGCUCAUUUAGAAUAACUAAAAUGUUCUAUUUAUGAUCCAGCAUUGUAAAGUGAUAUUAUUGGAGCACAUUCAGAAUCUUAUAUUUACGAUAAAAGAUCCAGAUAUUUCUAAUAAAAUGGUUAAUGAAUCAAUGAUUUUCACUGUGGAAAAUGGCAUUUAUAAGGGGCAAGUAACAUAUGAUGAUAUGAAUAAAUACAAGUGUUUCGGAAAUGUGAUGUGGCACAGCAUUAGAAGAAAUGGAGAAAAAAUUGCACACUUAGACGCAUGCACUGAAAAGUCGGUCACAUACGCAGAGUUACAAGAUAAAGUUGUGAGAUGCGCCUUGUGGCUACAAAAACAAGGAAUCAAAUCUGACGAUGUCAUCAGUGUGUGUACAGGGAAUCAUUACAACGCCAUCGUGCCCUGUCUUUCAGCAGCUUAUAUCAACGUGAUUUUCAAUCCAUGGGACGAGAACAUGAAUCUAAAAACUACGCUGUACGUUUUGCGAAUGAUGAUGCCGAAGAUAAUCUUCUGCAGCGAGAAAUCGAUAGAUGUCAUCUUGAGCGCGAUAAAGGAACAGAAUUGCAGUCCCGUGAUAGUAGUUUUUGGCGAGCAUGUUGACGCGAUUUCGUUCUCCGAUAUUCUGAGUAAUUGCAGCGAUGUAGAAGUAGCAAAUUUCCAUCACAUCGACCACGUUGACAUCACAAAGACGGCAUGUAUUUUAUGUUCAUCAGGCACUUCAGGAAGGAAAAAAGGCGAUGAAUGCACUCAUUACGUCAUAUACCAUGGGCUAUUCCUGAACUUGAUUACGAUCGAGCAAGGCGGCAAAGUGAUCAUCUAUCCUGAAUUUAAUGAGGAGAUGACUUGUCGACUGAUCGAGAAAUACCAAAUAGAAGUUAUUUUUUUAAGCACAAGUUUACUGAGUCGAUUUCUCAAAUCGAGUUGUAUAAAGAAAUAUCCUUUAUCAUCUCUGAAAGUUAUAUUGUAUGGUGGUGCAGUUAUGAAUAAAAAAGUGCAGGAAGAACUGAAAUAUAUUUCAAACAUCCAAAUAUUGCAAGGUUACGGAAUGACAGAAACCGGUGGUCCUGUAACAUCGCCGCAAUCACAUGAUAAGAAUGGAUCUAAUGGAGUCGUAGCCAAGAAUGUGCAAAUAAAAAUCGUGGAUCCUGAAAGCGGGAAAAUAUUUGAAUCAAAUCAACCGGGGGAAAUAUUGAUAAAAUCUGCAACUAUUAUGACUGGUUAUUAUAAUAAUCCUGAAGCGACAAAAAGUAUAAUUGAUGAGGAAGGAUGGUUGCAUUCGGGUGAUAUCGGUUAUAUAGACGAAGAUGGAGAAUUGUUCAUUAUCGACAGAAUAAAGGAACUCAUAAAGUACAAAGGUCAGCAAAUCUCUCCCGCAGAAAUCGAGAAUACGUUAAUAUCACAUCCAGCAGUGCUAGAAGUUGCAAUAAUAGGGGUGCCUCAUGCAUUAGACAAUGAACAUCCUCUUGCUUACGUUAUCAAGAAGCCUGGCAUCGAGGUGACAGAACAGGAACUGAUAGACUUUGUGGCGGAGAACAUGGAAGAUCGAUGUAAACUACGUGCAGGAGUUAUAUUUCUGGAUAGUUUUCCAUAUACAGGUUCAGGGAAAAUUUCAAGAAAAGAUUUGAAAGAAAUGACUAAGAAACUAACAUUGUUGGAACGCAUUCAGAAUCUCAUAUUUACGAUGGAAGAUCUAAAUAUUUCUGACAAAACUGUUGAACAUCAUCAAAAGAAUUUUACUGUAGAAAAUGGUAUUUACAAGGGACCAGUAAAUAACAUGAAUAAAUACAAGAGUCUCGGAGAAAUGUUAUGGAUCAGAAUUAAAAGUUACGGAAACAAAAUUGCAUAUUUGGACGCAUGCACCGAAGAAACAAUUACAUACGCGGAACUGCAAGAAAAAGUUGUGAGAUGUGCCUUGUGGUUUCAAAAACAAGGAAUUAAAUCCGGAGAUGUUAUUAGUAUGUGCACAGGCAAUCAUCUCGACUCCAUCGUGCCUUGUCUUUCGGCAGCUUAUAUCGAUGCAAUUUUCAAUCCGUGGAAUGAGAACAUGGAUUUGCAAACUGCGCUGCACGUUUUACAAUUGACUACGCCAAAAGUGAUCUUCUGCAGUGAGAAAGCAGUGGAUGUUAUUUUGAGCGCGAUAAAGAAACAGAAGUGCAAUCCCACGAUAGUGAUUUUUGGCAAGCAUGUCGAUGCGAUUUCGUUCUUCGAUAUUCUGAGAAAUUGCAAUGAUGUAGAAGUAGCAAAUUUCCGUUACGUUGAGCUCGACGAUAUAAAAAAGACGGCAUGCAUUUUGCAUUCGUCGGGCACUACGGGGAUGCCGAAAGGUGUCGAACUAUCCAAUUAUGCACUAUUAGUCAUUAUCCAGAAAAAUAUUUUGGAUGUGGCUAAUACACCAUUACUUUGGUUUUCUUCUCUUUAUUGGCUGAGUGGGACAGUGCUGAACUUGAAUAUGAUCGCGCAAGGCAACUUAGCGAUCCUUUAUCCAGAAUUUAACGAGGAGAUGACUUGUCGAUUAAUUGAAAAAUAUAAAGUAGCAUUUAUUUUUCUUAGCACAAGCAUGAUCAAUCGGUUUCUCAAAGCGGGUUAUGUAAAGAAAUAUUCUUUACCAUCUUUAAAAAUUAUAAUGAGCACUGGUGCAAUAAUUAAGCCGAAAGUACAGGAAGAAUUGAAAUGUAUUUUACCACAUGUCGACAUAUUGCAAGGCUAUGGAAUGACGGAAACCAGUGGUUUUAUAACAAGUCAAUUAUCGAACCACAAAUACGGAUCUUGCGGUGUAGUAGUCGAGAAUGUGCAAAUGAAGAUCAUAGAUCCUGAAAACGAAAAAAUUCUUGGUCCGAAUCAAUCGGGAGAAAUAUGGGUAAAAUCUGUAACUAUGAUGAAUGAUUAUUAUAGAAAUCCUGAGGCAACAAAAAGUACGAUUGAUGAAGAAGGAUGGUUGCACACGGGUGAUAUCGGUUAUGUAGAUGAAGAUGGAGAAUUGUUCAUUAUCGACAGAAUAAAAGAACUUAUAAAGUAUAGAGGAUAUCAGAUCUCUCCUACAGAAAUUGAGAAUGUGUUAAUGUUACAUCCAGCAGUGCUAGAGACUGCAAUUGUAGGAGUACCUCAUGCAUUAGACGAUGAGCAUCCUCUUGCUUAUGUUACCAAGAGACCUGGUGCCGAGGUGACAGAACAGGAAUUGAUAGAUUUUGUGGCGAGGAACAUGAUGGAUCACUACAAACUACGUGCAGGAGUUAUAUUUCUAGACAAUUUUCCAUAUACGGGUUCAGGAAAAAUUUCAAGAAAAGAUUUGAAAGUAAUGACUAAAGAAUUGGUAAAGAACUAUAUUGAUUAAUAACGUAAUUAUCUUUUUCUGCAUACAAUAAUGUAUAAAUAUAUUUAUAAAUAUAUAUAAUCUUAUUACUUCAGAAUGAAAGAUAUUAAAAUGUGUAUCUUCGUGCUCAAAUCCAUUACUAGAAUAUUAACAUUUCAUGAACAUUGCAAUUUACGUCAUCAAGG